AUGGCUUCAUCACCAUACUUCGAUGACGUUGAGAGCAGUUUGAACAAACUUCCUGAAGAGUUAGAACAAAAUUUAAAACUGAUGCUAGACCUUGACACAAAAUCCACAAAGCUCAUAGCUGAAAUUGACAAAAUGUCCAACGAUUAUACUUCAAAUAUCAAAAAAUACUCUUUAAAGAAACAGAAAAAAAUUAUGAAAAGUAUACAAUCCAAGUAUGACGAAGUAAAAUCGUUAUCUGAUGAUAAAGUUCAGAUUUCAAUACAAAACUAUACAUUGGUGGAUAAAAGUAUUAUAAAUUUCGACAAUGAAAUGUCAAAGUUUGAAGAGAGAGUUCAAUUGAAGGCCGAAAUACAAGAAAAAGCCCUUAACGAUAAACAAUAUUUAAAUCCAAAAAAAGGAUGUUUAAAAAUAAAAAGUGAACCAUCUACUGAUCAAUCAAACUCAACCAACAGCGUUGACAAUGUUGCGGUUACGUCUGGUGCUUCAUUUGGUGAUGGAAUCGCACUUUCAGCAUAUGUAGACAUGCCUAUCGAUCCCAAUGAACCAACAUUUUGUCUGUGCAAAAAAGUAUCCUUCGGUGAAAUGAUAGGCUGUACUAACCCAGAUUGUGAUAUUGAAUGGUUCCAUUUCAAAUGUGUUAAUUUAAUAACCAAGCCCGAAGGAGAAUGGUUUUGCCCAAACUGCAGAAAAAACAAGAAGAAAAAAUAA